AUGCUGCGGCAGGCGAUCCACAGAGGGCUCCGCUCGUCGUGCCACCAGCUGGGCUUGUUCGUCAGCCGCCACCCGGUCUUCUUCCUGACGGUGCCCGCAGUGCUGACGCUCAUCUUCGGCUUCAGCGCCCUGCACCGCUUCCAGCCCGAGACCGACCUGGAGCGCCUGGUGGCGCCCAGCCACAGCCUGGCCAAGAUCGAGCGCAGCCUGGCCAACAGCCUCUUCCCGCUGGACCGCUCCAAAAGCCGCCUCUACUCGGACUUGCACACCCCGGGGCGGUAUGGCCGCCUGAUCGCCCUCUGCAAGCCCGGAGGCAAUAUUCUGCAUCAGGCAGAAGGACUGCUGCGCAUCCACCGAGCCGUGCUGGAAAUGAAGGUGAACCACAAAGGCUAUAAUUAUACUUUUUCCCAUCUGUGUGUGUUGAGAAAUCAGGAUAAGAAAUGCGUGCUGGAUGAUAUAAUUUCAGUGCUAGAGGAUCUGAGGCAGGCUGCCCUCUCCAAUAAGACAACAGCCAGGGUGCAAGUGAGCUAUCCCAACACUAAAUUGAAGGUAUGCUCUCAACUGCAUGCUUUUGCCCGUUAAAGAGGCAGCACUUCCUUCCUUGUCCUCAACAGCAAAGAGAAGCGCCGUGGUCAUUUCUGGGGUAG